AUGGAAGAACCUAUCUACUCCAACAUUUUACUGAACAAUUAUGAAGAGCCUGUAAUACCAAUACAGGGAAACAUAUAUUCUACUUUAAAUACGAAUCCCCGAUCCAGAAGUGAAUGGCAAAAAGAGGUUAUGGACAACAGUAGGGAAAAUGUGAGAAUCUCCUGCACACACUGUGUGUCUGCUCCGGCAGUAAAGUGGUGCACGUUGUGUGAAGUUUCUCUUUGCGAUGUACACCAUCAGCUGCACAGUAAGUCAAGGGAACAUGUCUUAAUGAAUCCCAUGGAAACCAAGGAUCAAAAAUGUUCCAUUCACAAUGAAGUCCUGAACUAUUACUGCAUUGAUGAUGCAAUCUGUGUCUGCGCCUCAUGUUGCCAUGCUUGUAUACACAAGUAUCACCAAAUUGAGUCAUUGUUUGAGGCUUCCGAGAGGAAAAAGAAGGGCUUCAAAACGAUCCUGGAGAAAUUACAUAAUAUGCAGGAAUACACUGAUGUGAGGGUCGAAAUUCUGCAAUGUAAGAGACUAGAACUAAAGGAUAAAGCCAGCAAUCUAUCGGUCAGAGUCAGCGACCUGUUUAGGGAUUUCCGCUGCAAACUGGACAACCUAGAACUAAAGGUUCUUAAUGACAUUGCCAAGGAGCAGAGCCAGCUCUCAGAACCCAUCUCCCUUCUCAUCCAAAAGAUGGAACAGCAGAAGGAUGAGCUUUCUAGAAACAUAAGUCUCAUCGAAGAACUGUGCAACUUAUCCAACCCACUGACCAUGUUAAGAAGGGUAGGUGAAAAUCAAGCCGACUUUUUGUAUCCUAAAGCCAGACCCAGCUUGUUCGGUGAUCCUGAUGAUCUGGAUGAAGGCCUCAUCUUAGUGUCUCUACAAAGAUCUUUAAAUGACAUCAUGGCCCAAAUAAAGAGAUGGCACUGGGUGUCAGAUGUCACGAUGGAUGUAAGCACAGCAGCCAAUGACGUAUAUGUCUCGGGCGACAAAAGAACCGCAUCCUGGUCGAAAAUCAACCAACGUCGCGAGAAGGCUCCAGAGCGAUUUAAGAGCCACCAGGUCGUGAGCACCCAGAGAUAUUCUUCAGGGCGACAUUACUGGGAAAUCGACAUCAGCCCUUCAGGGAAGUGGAUCGUAGGGGUGUGUUACCCCAGUAUGGACAGGAAAGGAGAACUGUCUGUUAUUGGAAAAAAUGACAAAUCUUGGGGACUGGGCUAUGCGGACAAUAAGUAUAAAGCCAUCCAUGACCGGACAGAGAAGCAUCUCCCUAGCAUGUUACCCUGUAAUAAGAUAGGGGUAUAUCUGGACUAUGAGAGUGGUCACCUGUCCUAUUAUGAGGUAUCGGAUGUCAUAAGACACUUACACACCUUUACCACCACCUUCACUGAGCCCGUUCAUGCUAUAUUUUGGGUAUCACACAGCUGGAUGAGGGUCAAUAGUUAG